GUUUGUUUUUCUUUUUCCAGCGUACACUCUAGGCUGCGCGUUGAGUGCUAAACCGAUGCUUUUUCAGUUUUAGCAUCUCUUCAUCUUCUUCGUGCCGUAGAUAAAACAAGUGCGUGGGUUCUAGUAAUACACCAAACCAGUGCUAAGUGUUCUUUAUCCACUGUUUAAUACUUCUUCUCUCGGGAUGAUUAAUGAUUGAUCCCGGGAUGAUUAAUGGAGUACGGAUGCAUCCAACUGUAGUCUUGGUGGUGUUUUACAUCAAGUUAUGGAAGAUGGUAGACUUAGACCAAUCCAAUAUUUAUCAAGGUCAUUAAUCAUCCCGAGAGAAGAAGUAUUAAACAGUGGAUAAAGAACACUUAGCACUGGUUUGGUGUAUUACUAAAUUACGUCCUCACUUAUACAUGCGGGAUUUUACCGUUCUCACAGACCACCAUCCAUUAUGCUGGGUAAAUAAACAAUCAUUUAAAAACGGUAGAUUAGAUCGGUAAUCAUUGCAACUACAAGAGUAUUUAUUUAACAUUAAAUACACAUCUGGUAAAUCAAUUUGUGUUGCUGAUUGUCUCUCAAGGUAUCCAGCGCACAAGCCAGAUGUUGCUGAUCAACAGUUAGAUUUAAUGUGUGGACGAGUGAAUAACAUUCACACUACAACAGUGGCCGUUACCUCCUCGUUCGAUUCAACCACAAUUCAACAACAUCAAUUGAAAGACAUAAACAUUCAACGUCGAGACAAAAACGUACCAACAUUAAUGGUCAAACGUUUAUAG